CUUGGGAGACCCAGUACCUAUAGAAGGAAGGGGAACACCAUCAUCCCUUCCAGGGAAAGAGAGCCGGUUGCUGCCCCUGCCUGCCUGCCUGCCUGCCUGCCUGCCGCCGCCACUGCUGCUGCUGCCGCCCGGCUACCACCACCACCACCACCCUUUCCCGGUUGGACUUCUGCUCUACGGGGGUCACGCCUUGCAGGACCAGGCCCCAGAUCCCGAACUGAAUGGCAGUACAAAUUGUAUUCUGAGCUUUGCAGUGCCUGAUUAUCAUCACAAUGAGAGGACUGGUGAACAUGAAAAGCACAUUACUUUUAAAUGUGAAUAUUCCCUGGUUUAUCAAGUUGUCUACAGAUAUUCUGUUCAGAGGAGUAUCUCCUAGGUUUCUCUGUCUUAAGACUGAUAGUUCCAAUGCUGAAUUAAAAAAGGAAAACAACAUUUUAGUGAAAAACCUGGCAGAUAUGGGUGUGGAUGUCACAAUGGCAAGAAAACGACAGCCUGGUGUUCUCAAGAGGCAGAUCACCAAUGAAGAUGGUCUGAAGAAAUUUUUGCUAGACAAAGGGGCUAACAAAGAAACCAUUGCGAAUAUAAUCUCGCGUUAUCCACGUGCCAUCAUUCGCUCACACCAGUCUCUCCAGGAACGCUGGGAAAUUUGGCGGGGUAUUUUGAUGACUGACAAGAAAAUUGUAACAAUCCUGCAACGCUCCCCUGAAUCCUUUUUUCGUUCUGGAAAUAAUGCAAACAUGCAGAAAAAUAUUACAUUAUUUUGUUCUCUUGGGCUAACUUCUGAGGAUCUCGGCAACAUGCUUAUCAGAGUUCCAAGAGUGUUUUCUAGCACGCUAGAGCUCAAUAAACAAAUGAUAGGUCUCUUGAAUGAGAUCUAUAUAGCUCUAGGUGGAGAAAACCCAGACAAAUUUAUAAAACGAAUCAUUUCUAAAAAUGCCUUCAUCCUCUUACGGAGCAGCAAGCAAGUGAAAGCUAAUAUUCAGUAUUUGCAGUCAUCCUUUGUUCUGAGUGAUCAGGAAUUGCUGAUACUGUUGCAUGGAGAAGGAGCUGAUGUUCUGGAUCUCUCUCACGAAUAUCUUAAAAAAACACUUGCAAAUGUGAAAGAGAAACUGUUUUUUCAUGGAUGCACUGAAACAGAGGUGAAUGCAUUGGUCCUUAAGUACCUUCGUAUUCUGUACACUUCUCCCCAGAAACUGAAUGAUAAAAUAGAUUUACUCUUGCAAGCAAAUAUUAACAUAAAUCAAAUAAUGAAAACUCCUCGAGUUCUGACGAGCAGAAGCAUAGAAUCUUUAAGUAGUCGGAUUGCUGAGUUGGAAAAACUAGGAUAUGACUUUGGAAUCCAUGGGAUUAGAAUUCUUUUGCUAAGUAAACAAUGUUUUGGAGCUAAAUUGGAAAAGUUACAAUGCACAUUAUAAAUAAAUAAAGUUACCUUUUGUGACCAAAACAAGACAAAGCAAGAUUUUGGAAAGGAGAACUAAAUGGUCUUUAAACAUGGUUAAAAAUAAUUCAGCCUCUCAGUACUUUUUUGAAUUAAUAAUUAUAUAUGGAUAGUCCAAAUUUUAAAAAGUUCUGAAUGAGUUCUCAAAUGGUUUUUGGUUUAAGAAUGAUGUAGUGAAUGGAUGUGCUUCAAAUCUAGGAACAUCUUUACACAUCCUUCUCACAUUUCUACAUGAAGUGAUUCGAACAUGGAGCCUCCUAACCAGCUAGUUGAGAUAGUACAGCCAGGAGGAGUAUUACCACUUGAGUUUGCUGAUUGUAUUUUUAACUAUUUGCUGUGCUACUAUCCUGCUCUGUUUUGAAAAACUCAGAGCAGCUUUUUACAGAGGCUUUCCCUCUGAGCCAUUAAGCAGGUCCACACACUCUACUUCUGCAAUUGUUUUUCACAUGUCUAUAUAUGGAGUUUAAAUAUUAUAUACAAGCAGGAAUGUAAUGAGAGUGAUUUGAUGAGAUUGGCUCCUUCCAGAAUUAUAGAUUGGGAGGGCAACAACAAUUGUACCAAAUGCACUAUCAGUGGCUCCAUAUUUUAAGCCGGGGGCGGUGGAACCUUCUCCUUACUUAUAGCCACUAGCAGAUUUCAUAACGCAUACUAUCAGUUGCGAGGAGUGGGGCUACCACUGGUAGACAUGAAUUCUUGGUCUGAUUGGGAGAAUCAGUAUCCUUUAAGCAUUUCUUUUUUAAAUCAAGGUAGGAAAUACACAAAGUACUGAACUCAGGCUUGUGGGUCUAGAUCAGGAAUCGGAAACCUUUUUCAGUCUAAGGGCUGCAUUCCUAGUGGGUGUGGUAAUGUAGUUUUUAUUUAUUUAUUAGAUUUAUAUCCCAUCCUUCCUCCCAGUAGGAGCCCACUGGAUGUGACUCUUAACUCUGUACAGUCGGCUUCAUUCUAGCCACACAAUCACAGGCUUUUACACACAUACCUCUCUAUCUUACACUUGGAAGUUCCCCAUUCCUGGGCUAGAUGAUGACACCAUAAGGUUUUUUGCUGCUUGGUCAAAUGCCUAUUUCAUGCCCCUUCUGGAUUUAGGUAUUUUUUUAAAAAAAGGUGAGGCCUACCCUAGCACAGCACAGGUUUGCCAGAUGUUUCAUCUCUAGGUGGGUUCUCUCUACAGUCAUGCCUCCUAGGUCUGUGUUGCAUUUUCAUGCCAAUAUAAAAAGUUAUACUUCAGAAUAGUGAAAAAUAGCUUGAAUAGCUCUAAUAAAAUCAGACUAAUAGAAUAAUAGGUAUUCUAGUGUGUUAAUCUGCCUAUAUAUUCCUUGGCUCAGAUAAAAGAUAAAAUGAAUGUUGCUGUAUGUUUUUUUCUUUUUGAUUGCUACUUAAGAAACUAAGCUUUUACAUUGAAGAAAGAAACAUAGGCAGAAUAAAUGCUUAUUUGAAAAGGGACUUAAUUUAUAAGGGAGCAUGAUUUAAUUAAAGCUUUAAAAACAGUUUUAAAUCUACCCAUGUACUAACAUUUCCAUGGGGAUUCUAUCAGGUGAACCCACAACUUUCCUUUUGACUGUUAAUAUGGAUGUUAAUAUAUAAUUAUUUUAAAUUGAAGGUGAUAUAUGGUGGCAAUAGCUGUCAAGUGAAAAUAAGAAUGGCUAAUUGCCAGCUACGAAGGGCAAGCCCUCUUGUGGUUAAAGCGUCCACAAGAUGAAAGAAUAGAAAUCUUUGGGGAAUAAUUCAUUUUACAAUUUAUUGCUACUAAUUACUGGCACCUAUGAAGUGUUCACCAUGCUGCAGAAACAGUAAGAUAUGUGUUGGCCUUUAGUGGUAAAAAUAAUAGGCUUUUUUAAACGACCCUUUUGAUUGUAAAUUCUAAGCAAUUAUGUUCCUGUGGAUGAUUAGAACUCAAGUUGUGUCCUUGAAGAAAUAGGAGUUUGUUUGAAAUAAGAUAUAUCAUAGAGAGCUAAUCUUAGACACUCUUCUCCCCAGAAUCCUCAGAGAGGUUCCAGUGCUGAUUUGUUCUCAGAAGAAUGUUUUCUUGCUCCACAGGAGGAAAGUUUGCUUAUAAGAAAUUUGUCAUAUGAGGAGUUUUAAAAUUUAAUCUGUAAAACAUAGGUUAUAUUUAGAGGACUUCAAAGAGAUGGGGAGUCAAAUUCUUGUGUGACUGCCAGGGACAUAGGGAUGUUGACCUUGGGACUGUUGUGUGAUAAUUACAAAGCAAUCUAUAUUGGUAAAUGAUAUAUUUUAAAUACUUGUUCACAAAGUUUUGUUUUUGAAAAGCAAAUAUAAUUCAGUUUCUUAGAAGAUAGCUUACAUUUAGAACAUCUUUUGUUCCAUGCCAGACUGGUAGAAAUCUUAUUGGCUUGGUUAAGGUGUAACAUAAAACCAUGGUUUGUGCUAACAUAGGUAAUGAAUACAACUGGCAAACCAUGGUUUUGAGUUGCCUGCUUAUGUUUGCUCUCUGCUCAACACUUUGCUUCAUAAGCUGACUCCCGUCUCCAUGAUGCAGCAGACCCUUUAGGUGGCACA